GCGGUGUGGCGGGCCGUUCAAACGGGUUCCGGUUGGCGCCCAGCGGGCGCAGCCAUGGCGGCGCGGCGGACGCGCUCGGCCGGGGCGGCCCCGGGGGGCUCGGCCCCCCCUGCCCCGCGGUGCUGGUCGGAGCGCGGCGCCGGCCCCCCGCCCGCGCAGAGGAAGCCCCUGGUGGAGAGGAAGCGCGUGGGGAGCCCGGUGCCGGCCCAGAUGUUGAAGCGCCCCAUCGUGCUGAAAAAGAUCCAGCCCCGGCGGCAGCAGGUGGCUGAAGCAGCUGCGGCCCCACGGCGCAGUCCCCGGAUCUCAUCCAGCAGUGGCAAGGAGAAUGUUCCGGCUGAGGUCAGCAACGUUGCGGGUCCGUCUACCCCAGCAGAGAAGCCCUUGGUUGAGAUCAGCAGCAGCACGGUCCUGUCUACCCCGACUGAGAAGCCCCCAGCCCACACCUCUCCCCCCCUGGACGAGCGGGACACCCUGAUGGCUCACAAGGUGCGUCGUUCCUACAGCCGCCUGGACGCCACCUUCUCCCCCGGCUCGGGGCUCUCGGACACGUCCACGCCUGACCAGCGCCGCUCCCUCUUUGGUUUCGCCCUGCUGCUGGCCCCCGAUGUCUCCCCCGUUCCCACGGCAGCUGCCCCGGUCCCCGUUGCCCACGAUUCUCCUCCUGACGCCCCCAGCAAGGGGCUAUUGGACACGGACCUGCCCGGCAUUGCCCUGGUCAAGGAGAAGCGCAAGAAGAAGAAGGUGGUGCAGAUCGAUGUAUCGGAGCUGGACGAGUGGGCAGCACAGAUGAACGCUCAGUUUGAAGAGGCCGAGAAAUUCAACCUGACUGUGGAGUGACCCCGACUUCCCCCAACCUCCCCCCCAAACCUACCCCAGUUGUAAAUAGUUGUGCUGGUCCCCCAGCCUCCAUAGGCCGGGCUUUGUAGCAGCCUCAUUAAAGGCUUUGGUUUGUU